CACACUCUUCCAAGUCAUUCUCUCUCUGUUUAGAUUAUGAUCAUCAAAUCAACAAUGACAACGAAACAAGCAGGAAACCAGUUGAAGAAAUUUAUGAAUCUAUCUCAAUUAUUGUUGUUUGAUUCUUAUCUUCUUCAUCGAAGUUCAGAAUUUCUGACGUGCUGAAACCUAAUCUUCUUUGAUGUUGUAAAUCGUCAUGUAUAUAACUGCACCACCGUCUUCAUCUAUUCCUUCAAAACUUAUCCGAAUUUCUAGGGUUCGGUUCUCGUCUUUUCUAUCUACAUUUAUUAGUUCUUCACCCACUCGUUUACUUUCCUCAUUCACUGCUACUAGUAAUUGUAAUCGGUGUUUUACGAGUUCUCGAAGAUCAUUUAGUCAUCGAUCGAUAAGUGGUUCCGUGAAGAGUCACGGUUUUGAUUGGAGAUUGCCGGUGAGUUUCAGGUCUCAAGUCAGAACUGCCACUCCGCUUCCCCUGAUCGAGCGUUUUCAAAGAAAUUUAACUACAAUGGCUUCUGAGAAUGCUUUUAAGGGAAUUUAUACUAGUCUUCCCAAGCCCGGAGGCGGUGAGUUUGGUAAAUACUAUAGUCUGCCUGCUCUCAAUGAUCCAAGGAUUGAUAAGCUUCCUUACUCUAUUAGAAUCCUUCUUGAGUCUGCCAUUCGUAACUGUGAUGGCUUUCAAGUUAAGAAGGAAGACGUGGAGAAGAUUAUUGAUUGGGAGAGGACUGCACCAAAGCAAGUUGAAAUUCCGUUUAAGCCCGCUCGUGUUUUGUUGCAGGAUUUUACUGGUGUACCUGCUGUCGUUGACCUUGCCUGCAUGCGUGAUGCAAUGAACAAGCUAGGAAGUGAUUCUAACAAGAUCAACCCUUUGGUACCUGUUGACCUUGUGAUCGAUCAUUCGGUCCAGGUUGAUGUAGCUAGAACAGAAAAUGCAGUACAAUCAAAUAUGGAGUUGGAGUUCCAGAGGAACAAGGAAAGAUUUGCUUUCCUCAAAUGGGGGUCGAAUGCUUUUCACAAUAUGCUUGUUGUUCCUCCAGGUUCUGGUAUUGUACACCAGGUUAAUCUGGAAUAUCUUGGUCGAGUUGUUUUUAACACUGAUGGCACUCUCUAUCCGGAUAGCGUUGUCGGAACUGAUUCCCACACAACUAUGAUUGAUGGGUUAGGAGUUGCUGGUUGGGGUGUGGGAGGAAUUGAAGCAGAGGCAACUAUGCUUGGUCAGCCUAUGAGCAUGGUGCUGCCUGGUGUUGUUGGGUUUAAGUUGUCUGGGAAGUUACAAAAUGGAGUCACAGCUACUGACUUGGUUUUAACCGUGACCCAAAUAUUGAGGAAGCAUGGAGUUGUUGGAAAGUUUGUUGAGUUUUAUGGUGAGGGCAUGGGAGAGUUGUCGUUGGCUGAUCGAGCUACUAUAGCCAAUAUGUCACCGGAGUAUGGAGCUACCAUGGGUUUCUUCCCUGUAGAUCAUGUCACCUUACAAUAUCUGAAACUAACUGGAAGAAGUGAUGAAACCGUGGCUAUGAUAGAAACCUAUCUCCGUGCGAACAAUAUGUUUGUCGACUAUAAUGAGCCUCAACAAGCAAGAGUAUACUCCUCCUAUUUACAACUGGAUCUUGAGGAUGUUGAACCAUGUGUUUCAGGACCAAAGAGACCUCAUGACCGCGUUCCUUUGAAGGAAAUGAAAGCAGACUGGCAUUCUUGUUUGGAUAGCAAGGUUGGAUUCAAGGGUUUUGCUGUUCCAAAAGAAUCUCAGGAGAAAGUCGUAAAAUUCCCGUUCCAUGGGCAGUCAGCAGAACUCAGGCAUGGUAGUGUUGUCAUUGCAGCAAUUACCAGUUGCACAAAUACCUCUAACCCAAGUGUCAUGCUCGGGGCUGCUCUGGUUGCUAAGAAGGCAUGCGAACUGGGUCUUGAGGUUAAACCUUGGAUCAAAACCAGUCUGGCUCCUGGUUCUGGAGUUGUUACAAAGUAUCUUCUCCAGAGUGGUCUGCAAAAGUAUUUGAACCAGCAGGGUUUUAAUAUUGUUGGAUAUGGUUGCACGACGUGCAUCGGGAAUUCGGGUGAUAUUGACGAGACUGUUGCUUCUGCAAUUUCAGAAAAUGAUAUCGUUGCUGCUGCAGUACUUUCUGGGAACCGAAACUUCGAGGGCCGUGUGCAUCCCUUGACACGAGCUAAUUAUCUUGCUUCGCCUCCUUUAGUUGUUGCUUAUGCACUUGCUGGCACGGUUGACAUUGAUUUCGAGAAGGAGCCAAUCGGAGUGGGGAAGGAUGGUAAAAGUGUUUAUUUCAGGGAUAUUUGGCCCUCUACGGAAGAAAUUGCUGAAGUUGUUCGGUCUAGUGUAUUGCCUGAAAUGUUCAAGAAGACUUAUGAGUCUAUCACAAUGGGCAAUCCAAUGUGGAAUCAACUAUCAAUUCCAUCAUCCUCUUUAUACUCAUGGGACCCCAACUCAACCUACAUUCACGAGCCUCCAUAUUUUAAGAAUAUGACAAUGGAUCCACCUGGUCCUCACGGAGUGAAGAAUGCUUUUUGCUUGCUCAACUUUGGUGACAGCAUCACAACUGAUCAUAUUUCACCAGCUGGGAGCAUUCACAAGGACAGCCCUGCUGCGAAGUACCUCCUUGCUCGUGGGGUUGAUAGAAGGGACUUCAAUUCUUACGGUAGUCGUCGUGGUAAUGAUGAAGUGAUGGCUAGGGGUACUUUCGCCAAUAUUCGUCUCGUCAAUAAGCUCUUGAAUGGAGAAGUGGGUCCAAAAACAAUUCACGUUCCAACAGGGGAAAAACUCCAUGUGUUUGAUGCAGCUACUAGGUACAUGGAAGCUGGGCACGACACUAUUGUCCUGGCUGGAGCAGAAUAUGGAAGUGGAAGCUCCCGGGAUUGGGCAGCAAAGGGUCCAAUGUUGCUGGGAGUGAAAGCAGUAAUCGCCAAGAGCUUCGAGAGAAUCCACCGCAGUAAUCUAGUUGGAAUGGGUAUCAUCCCUCUAUGUUUCAAGACCGGUGAAGAUGCUGAAACACUUGGCCUGACUGGUCACGAGCGCUACAGUAUUGACCUUCCUAGCAAUGUUAGUGAGAUAAGACCCGGCCAAGAUGUUACUGUUGUUACUGACACUGGCAAAUCUUUCAUCUGCACAGCCCGAUUCGACACUGAGGUAGAACUGGCGUAUUUCAACCAUGGUGGUAUUCUUCCUUACGUCAUUAGGAAUCUGAGCAAACAGUAAUUUAUCAAUUGAUUCCUAAGGGGUGAUCUCAUAGUGCAGUCGGCACUAUUUCUUGGGGAAGAUUGGCUCUUAGUAGAGCAAGUUAGAAAUAAAGAUCUGAAUAAGAGAGAAAAAGGCAAAUAGAAAAGAGCGAAUAUAGAAGUAGUGGUUCAUGGUACUUCUCGUUGAGAGUAACGAAGGUCGUAUCGUCCCUUCGGGGAACAUCCGGAAAAAUUGGGAGAACGGUAGUGGUAUUUUUUUCCCUUCUUUAUUUUGUUAGCAGAUGGGUAGUUUUAGAUUGCCAUUGUCCAUGUUGUUUUUCCACCGAGUGACUUCUUUUUUUUUGGAGCAUGAACUUGGAUUAAUAAAAUACAAUUAUUGACGGUAUUUAGU